UUGGAAAGUAGGAUGGUCUUGACACGAAGAAACUGAUGGUGGAUCAUCCACCUGAAAAGAACGUCGGACGGUGCUCAAUGAAUUUUAUUCCGACUCUUGUGAUCGAUAUAUAAUCGAAUAUCCGGUGUGGCUUAAAUCCACCCGACCCGGAAAGCCGUCACCAGUCACAACGGCUAAUCAGUCACAGAUUAUAAGAUGUUGGCUUCCUUCACCGGCGCCGGCUCAAGGGUUUUGUGCAACCGCCUUGUUUCGCUGCCGCCCGUCCUCUUCCGCCCUAAUCCUCUGUUGCAUUCCAGAUUACGAAGCUCGACAUUCAUGGCGAGUCCAUACAAUUCCUACGCCGGCAAAUCCACUUUCACCGCAUUAGCCCAUUCUAGCAGAAGUGGUGGUGAGGGUAGAGGCGGAGGAUUGGAGACGAAAGAUAAUCGCCGGAGAUCAAGAGGCGGCAGUUCUUCUGGGAAUGACAAAAUCGAUGCUCUUGGCAGAUUACUAACGCGUAUAUUGAGACACAUGGCUUCAGAGUUGAAUUUGGAAAUGAGGAGCGACGGAUAUGUCAAGGUCCAAGACCUUCUGAAACUGAAUCUUAAGACUUUUGCUAAUAUACCACUUCGAUCUCAUACAGUCGAUGAUGUUAAAGAGGCUGUCAGAAGGGAUAACAAGCAGCGGUUUAGUAUAUUGGAAGACAACCGGGAGCUUCUAAUACGUGCGAAUCAAGGCCACACUAUACAGACAGUUGAAACAGAGAGCUUGCUUAAACCUAUACUCUCAGCUGAAGAAGUUCCAGUUUGCGUGCAUGGGACCUACAUGAAGAACUUGGAGUCAAUUCUUGAGGGGGGUCUCAAGCGCAUGAAGAGAUUACACGUGCAUUUCUCGUGUGGCUUGCCAACCGAUGGAGAAGUUAUUAGUGGUAUGAGACGAGAUGUUAACGUCUUAAUCUUUCUGGACGUGAGAAAGGCUUUGGAAGAGGGAAUGAAGCUGUAUAUAUCUGACAACAAGGUAAUUUUAACAGAGGGUUUUGAUGGAGCUGUGCCUGUGAAGUACUUCCAGAAGAUAGAAUCUUGGCCAAAGAGAGAGCCUAUUCCUUUUUAGAAUGAAAUUUAAUUGAAAGUUGAAAAAAUCUUGAACUUUGUAAAGGUAUUAUCUACUUCUUGUGUAGUUUUGGGUUUCUUCCUUCUCAAUUAAUUUUCAUUUACUCUUUUCUUCAUCAUA